GGAGGUGACGGUGUGGAGAGACAGGCUGCUGCUGCUCGAGCUGCAUGUUGCUGGCUGGCGAGUGGCGCCGCUCCCGCCCUCGGACCAUGUGACCGCCGACCACGCUGCAUUUUCAUCUCAAUAUUCUGCAUAUGAUAAAGGAGAUCAGCUUCAUUCAUCCAACAGACUUACUGAGAAUUGUGUCUAUGAUCUCAGCGGGAGAGAAUAACAUCUUGGCUCACUUCAGGGCUUUAUGGAACACGCAACACCAGCCGCUCUGAGAGUAGACAAGGAGCCGCGUUUGCAUGAAUGAUCCAGCGUAGAGUGACCUUGUAUCUCAACAAAGUUUCGCGUCCUAUAAACUGCUCUUUCGGGAUGGCAACACGAUAUGAAUGGUUGAAAAUGCUUCGACAAGAUACCACGUCACACGCCUUAGCCAACUAGACGUCACACGUCCUCACCUGUUGGACGUCGCACGUGCUAACCUAUUAGACGUCAUACAUCCUAACCUGCUAGACGUCACAUGUGCUAACCUGCCAGACGUCACACGUGCUAACCUGCCAGACGUCAUACGUGCUAACCUGCCACAUGUGCUAACCUGCCAGACGUCACACGUCCUAAGCUGUUGGACGUGAAAAGACGUGGCCCGUCCUGGACUUCAAGGCGUGGGAGAGGCUUCUCUUGGGGCUGGAUAAUGAGGAGACUUCAGCACCCGCCCGACAGGAAGCCCGAUCCGCCAGCCCUGGUCUAGAGAGCAUGUGAAGCUAGAGGGUGCGAGGUGGUGGAGCCAGAAGUCAAGGGACUUCUCUCCAGGAUGUGCAGCCACACCUCCCCGCCGGCCGCCUCAUCUGACGUGACUCUCCGCCUCCUGCUGCUUCUGUCACUGGCAGCCAAGGGUUGGAGCCUGCGGGUGUCGGGAGUGUUGGUGCCGUCGGUGGUGGAGUCGGGGUCGGAGGUGCAGCUCGCUUGCCACUACGAGCACACCACCGACCGCCCCGACCCGCUCUACUCCGUCAAGUGGUACAAGGACGUCAAUCAGUUCUACGAGUACAUCCCGAAGAGGGACCAGCCCGUCCGAGUAUACCCUCUGCCUCACAUACACGUCGAUGAAGAGUGCAGCGUGGGAGCGUCCGUCCGGCUGAAGGGAGUGACAAGAGGCACCUCCGGCACCUUCCGCUGUGAGGUGAUGGGCGAUAAGCCUUACUUCGAGACUGACGACCAUGCUGCCAACAUGACGGUGGUCGAGGUUCCCUUGUGGGGUCCGGAAGUAAGGGGCGGCAUCCAGGGCACGGUGGAGGGUGCAGGCAAGGGUGAGGGCGUGGUGGAUGGGGCGCGGGUGCGGCCCGGGGACGUGGUGGCCGCCCGCUGCAUGGUGGGCCACUCCGACCCGCCUGCGGACAUCACUUGGACCCUCAACGCGGCCAGCCCGCCCUCCAACGCCCGCCUGCAGCGCUUCCUCCAGACGGACCACCAUGGCCGCACCAGCCAGGUCUCGGAGGUGGAGGUGGAGGUGCGAGAGUCGUGGUUGCAGCGCGGGGCUCUCACACUAGGCUGCCGGGUGCGGGUCUCCUCCGUCUACACCCGGAGCGUCAACAUCACCUUCAUCCACGCCGACCAUCCCCAGCCUGCAGGAUUCGGCUGGUUCUCCUCAGGCACCUCCCCACGGACCUCGCUGCUGCUGCUGCCUCCGCUGACUGUGGUCACGCUGCUGCUGUGACGCCUACACGCACCUCCUGUCACCGCUGGAGACUACUGCCAGGCACUCAAGCUGCUGCUCUUGUGACGCGUUGUUACAGCUGCUGUAAGGCACUGCUGUCUUAACGCGAUGGUACAUCUGCUGUGACGCACCGACAGUGUUGUUGUGUCAUGCUGACGCUGUGUCGGACCGACGCGGCCGAUGUGACAUAGGGGGUUGGUGCAGUGUAACAAGGAACUGUGGCAGUGUAACAAGGAACUGUGGCAGUGUAACAAGGAACUGUGGCAGUGUAACAAGGAACUGUGGCAGUGUAACAAGGAACUGUAACAGUGUAACAAGGAACUGUAACAGUGUAACAAGGAACUGUGGCAGUGUAACAAGGGGACUGUGUUUCACGCACAAGCCUGCCAACAGAAGUGUUGCGGCCACCAGAAGGUCCAGCAAGUUUGUGCUCUCUCACACAGUCCUGCCACUCACUUCAUACACGUGUAACCCAUACACAUGCACCCCAUACACGCGUAACCCAUACACAUGCACCCCAUACACGUGUAACCCAUACACGCGUAACCCAUACACAUGCACCCCAUACACGUGUAACCCAUACACGCGUAACCCAUACACGCGUAACCCAUACACGCGUAACCCAUACACAUGCACCCCAUACACGUGUAACCCAUACACGCGUAACCCAUACACAUGCACCCCAUACACGUGUAACCCAUACACGCGUAACCCAUACACAUGCACCCCAUACACGUGCAACCCAUACAUGCGUAACCCAUACACAUGCACCCCAUACACGUGUAACCCAUACACGUGUAACCCAUACACAUGCACCCCAUACACGUGUAACCCAUACACGCGUAACCCAUACACAUGCACCCCAUACACGUGUAACCCAUACACGCGUAACCCAUACACGGGUACCCUAUACACGCGUAACCCAUACACGCGUAACCCAUACACACAUAACCCAUACACAUGUAACUCAUACACAUAUAACUCGAGACACUGCAAUGUUGCAACAGUGAAGUAUGUGGCAUAUUCCCUCCCCAUCGACCAUGCAAAAAAUCAAGUUCAUUACUUAGGAUCUUGACUUCUCUGUUGCAAAAGCAGUAUUUCAGCUCUUACUGAAAAUUUUUACCUAUUUUUCAGCGGUGUUUCGUUACUGUUCUUGCAAAAUGAGCGUUUGCGCUCCCCCUCAUCCCUGUCGCCUUCCUCGGCUGCUUCUCAUUCCCAUGUUUAAGGAGUACAUUAACUCCGUUAUUGUCUUAAUAUACAGCCCUCGGAAGCACAAAACACACACUGUAUGCAGGCGAUGAGUCACACUAACGUGGUUAAAGUAUGUUGACCAGACCACACACUAGAAGGUGAAGGGACGACGACGUUUCGGUCCAUCCUGAACCAUUCUCAACUUGAGAAUGGUCUCAAGGACAAUUCUCACAACCGACUUCAUAAUGGUUCAGGACGAAGCGAAACAUCGUCGUCUCCUCAUCUUCUGAUGAGUGAUUUGGUCAUCAUAUCUUCAGCCCCGUUAUUGUGACUGGUUGUCUGCCCGUGACCCGAUGUUCACGAGGUGGUAUCAAUCUCAAUUGGCGUCUGUAGCUGAGGGUAAGGAGAAAUCUGGUCAAGCUGACUGUAGCUGCUCGCACUGAACCAAAUGUUCUGUGUUCAGAAUUCCUUCUGUCCUAAAGGAUCAGUUUUCUACGAAAUUUCUUAUUUGCAAUUUCUGUAUCAUAUUUUUUUAUGGCCGGAAUAACUGCUUAUGACUAUUCAAUCUAUUUCAACAGGGAAAUCAUUAUAAAAAAUAUAUAAUAAACAUAUUGCUUUUUGAAAGCAAUAAAUUGUUAAUUAUGAUAAAUUACAUAACAUUAACAACAUGUUAACAUGGACAGAAUGCCUGCUUCGAGGUGUUAUUCUGACCGCCAGUGAACACUAAAUUUACCAUACACAACACUAAAUCUACCAUAUACAACACUAAAUCUACCAUAUACAACACUAAAUCUACCACAUACAACACUAAACCUACCAUAUACAACACUAAAUCUACCACAUACAACGCUAAAUCUACCACAUACAACACUAAAUCUACCAUAUACAACACUAAAUCUACCAUAUACAACAUUAAAAGGCUGGUCGAGUGUUGGUGGAAAUAAAACAUAGGCUUCUAUAAUACAUGAUAAAAUAGGCUUGUAUAAUACAACCCAUCCUCCUGUUUAGAUAGUAGGUUUUUGUAAAUAUGUUGUUGUUCUUCAGCUAUAUCUUGCUCUAGUUAGGCCCCAUCUAGAUUAUGCAGUUCAGGGUCUAAAAUCAAAGAAAAAACUAAAUUUUCAUACUGGAAAACACUUAUGGCUCCAGACUUGUGAGACACACUGUAUAUUAAUGUAGAAAUACAAAAAAUAUUUUCUUUCGAAUACCAGUUAGACUCAAAAACCUUUUCGAAAUUUGCCGCUCCUUAAAAUGUAUUUAUGUAUAUAUGUGUAUGUAUAUAUAUAUAUAUGUGUGUGUAAACAAAAUCACAAAACACACGGGAUACUUUCAUGCGAAAAUCCAGGUGCAAUAUAGUCGUAAUGGCUUGGCGCUUUCUCCUGAUAGUUCCCUUCCCUUCAUGCGAAAAUAAUUACUCUGAAAAAUGAUAAAAACAAACAAGACGGAGCGUCGUGUGCGAACUCCACACUGUAAAGGAAUUCCUGUAAUAAUGUAUUCUGCGUUACUGUUCAAGUAAACGAAACCAAUCA